AUGGCCUCCCGGAGCCUGGGGGGCCUGAGCGGGAGCCGCAGCGGAGGCGGCGGCGGCGGCGGCAAGAAGAGCCUCAGCGCCCGCAAUGCUGCGGUGGAGAGGAGGAACCUCAUCACGGUGUGCAGGUUUUCUGUGAAGACCCUGAUUGAUCGGUCCUGCUUUGAGACAAUUGAUGAUUCUUCUCCUGAAUUUAACAAUUUUGCAGCUAUUUUGGAACAGAUUCUAAGUCACCGGCUAAAAGAGAUAUCCCAAAGUUGCAGAUGGCUGGCUCAUCUCCAAAUACCUCUUCAAGGUCAAGUAACCUGGUUUGGUUAUGAAAGUCCUCGUAGCUUCUGGGACUAUAUCAGAGUGGCUUGCCGGAAAGUUUCACAGAAUUGUAUCUGCAGCAUUGAAAAUAUGGAAAAUGUCAGUUCUUCUAGAGCUAAGGGUAGAGCCUGGAUCAGAGUAGCACUCAUGGAAAAACAUUUAUCUGAAUACAUCUCUACUGCUCUGAGAGACUUCAAAACAACCAGGCGAUUUUAUGAAGAUGGAGCAAUUGUCUUAGGUGAGGAAGCAAAUAUGCUUGCUGGCAUGCUGCUUGGACUAAAUGCUAUUGAUUUCAGCUUCUGCCUCAAGGGAGAAGGACUGGAUGGAAACUUUCCUGCUGUAAUAGAUUACACACCAUAUUUGAAAUUUACCCAAAGUUCUGACAGCAUCAGCAGUGACGAGGAAGAGCUGAGGACUUUGGGAAGCAGUGGUAGUGAAAGCAGCACUCCAGAGAAUGUCGGGCCUCCUUUCAUCAUGGAUGAGAAUAGUUGGUUCAACAAGUGUAAGAGAGUUAAACAGAAGUAUCAGCUAACCCUGGAACAGAAGGGUUAUCUUGAAGAACUCUUACGACUUCGAGAGAACCAGCUGUCUGAGUCUGUAUCCCAGAAUAAAAUACUACUUCAAAGGAUUGAAGAUUCUGAUCUGGCUCAUAAAUUGGAAAAGGAACAAUUAGAAUAUAUAAUUGUGGAGCUUCAAGAUCAGCUGACUGUGCUAAAGAAUAAUGAUUUAAGAUCAAGACAAGAGUUAACUGCCCACCUCACCAACCAGUGGCCUUCCCCAGGAGCUCUGGAUGUCAAUGCUGUUGCCUUGGAUACGUUGCUUUACCGAAAACACAAUAAACAGUGGUAUGAAAAAAGUUAUCAAAGUCUUGACCAGUUAUCAGCUGAAGUUAGCCUUUCUCAGACUUCACUGGAUCCAGGUCAGUCACAAGAAGGAGAUGGGAAACAAGACACAUUAAAUUUAAUCAGUGAAGGUAAAGAAGAUACCCCCUCAUUACUCGGUCUCUGUGGAUCUCUAACAUCAGUGGCAAGUUACAAAUCUCUAACAAGUCUCAAAUCUAAUGACUACCUUGCAAGUCCCACAACAGAGAUGACGAGUCCGGGUCUAACUCCAUCCUGAAAAAUUUUACGUCAGAGCCAGAAGUUUUUAUGUUGCAGAUGUUCUAUUUACAAUAAGUUUGACUGCUGGGAAAACAUUUGGAAUUUUAUAUUGUUCUGGCACAUGUCUGGAAUUCUAUUGCUUCUAUUAGAGAAUUCAGUCCACUCCAUGUGCCCUUCUGAGAGAAAAUGAUCCUGCCAUUUUAAGAUUCUUAUAUUUGUCACUGAGGAAGCUUAAAAAUGAAUAGGCUUAAAAAACCUUCAAAUAUCCUCUAAAUUAAUAAUCCAUUGCUAACUGUGACACAAAUUUAUUAUUCAGUUGAUUUUCAUGUAUUUAAAUGUACUAUAAUUGCCAGAGACGGAGUUCAAGGUUUUAUUCCAGAGAUAAAGCUAAGUAUUUUCUUUUACUUUUAUUCAGUGAUUAUAUUUUCUAAAAAAUGACUUAAUUUCAUUUUUCAUUAAUUUCUUCCUAGGUUCUGAUGUUUAAAUGCCUUGUUUUUUGUAUGAGGAGGAGGUUCUCAGCUGGUUUCAUAGUGGCUUACUCACUUUUUCUUUAAUAGUUAUCAUUUGGUACAACAUUCCAUUAACAUUUUAUAAAUUUUGUAGGAAUGUAUCUUUAGGCCAUUACUAAAUUUGUCAGGGUCCGAGGGAAAGUGUUUUACACCAUUUUGGUAAAAUGAAUAAACUGUUUUCCCAAGAUUUUCUUAAAAGUUUAUUUAAAAAUAUCAAAUAUUCCUCAGUAGUUGGAAACAUUUAAAAAUGUAGAACAGAUGUUGAAAAGUAUUUUAUUAGGAAAGACUUCGAGUCCAUGUAAGGAUUUGAGAACCUUCAAGUAAGGAUCACUAGAGUCUUAUCAUACUCAACAAUAUGUCUUGACAUACAGUGCUGUUUUGUUCUCCCUUAUGUGUAACAAUGAAUCAUGCCAUGUUAAUGUUAACAACCAAUGUUAAUGCUCAAAACCCCUACACUUCUACAGGUUUAAAAAAAAAUUAUGCGCUAUAAAAUCUUUUUGCAGUUUUGGGAAUUUAUAGAUUUCAUCCAUCAAAAUCCCACCAUAUUGAAAGAGAAAAUGUCUGAAGUAUAUUUUCUAUCGUAAGUACUAUGAGGAAAACAUGACCAGUUGUGCCAAAGAAGUUUUAUACAUUGUUUACAUGAAGAGGACACAAUACUUAACGGGGACUUCAUAUGCUAUUUUUGUUUAUUAAUAAAACAUUACAUUCAAACUCAGUAGCUUGACAUGUAGGAACAGUACAAUUUAUGAGAGGAGGCAAGAGUGCUGAACAUACUACAUCAUUCUUUGUAUUAGAAAUGUAGGAGUGUGGUGGUUCUCUGCAAGAUUUAGGAGCUUUAUUCUCAUAAUUUGGAAUUUAAGAUAAUAAAUAAUAAGAAUGCCAGUCUUAUAAGGAAGUUCAAAUGAAGUCAUUUCAGGAACAAAGGAGGCCUGGAAGCCAUUAAAAUAAGUUAUCCUAGAAGUACCAGAAGAUACUCAGAGUUUUUACUCCUUUAGGUUAAGGCUUUAGUACUUGUAAAAAUGCAAUUAUUCUUGAAAAAUGGUACCUUUAACAAUUUAGUGGUUGAUUCUACUCUUAAUUCUAUACACCUUAUUAUGAGUGAGGUACCCGAAGCAAUUAUUAAUGAGCAUGGGGAUGGAAGGAAGAUAAAAAAUGAGGACAGUGAAAACCCUGGGAGGAGGGAGAAGGAAAUGGCUAAGGAGAGGAACUUGAAAAUUCUUAGGUUGGCCUUAAGCUCUAUUGCUGCCUUCCUAAAAAACGAUCAGAAUGUUUCAAAUGCUUUAUCCAUGGUCCACUCUCAACUGAUAUUUAUUGUUCCUCAAUAAUUUUAAAAAAUCACUGUUAAAUUUUUUUUCCAUACAUUUUUAUAAUAGGGGAAGGAAACUCAAGAUUCCAUAAUUGAUCACAUUUUCCAGAUUUGUCUAAUGCAUACAGUAACUUGUGCAUCUUAACAUGCUGCUAUAUGCAGAUUUAAACAUGACAUCUGAGGAUCAUGACUUUUCCUCCUUUCUUGGAGCCCCUGGUAUAAAAUUCAUCUGCUAAUGUGAAUUCAGGUUUCUAUACAGUUCAUUUCACACUAGUUAUACAUGUAGUUAAUGUUUGCAUGAGGAAACAAUGUAUGUCUCAAUCUUUAAUUUUAGGUGGUGGUGUUUACUGUUUACACACCCUACCCAAAACAGAAUGCUGAAUUAUAUGCUAAUAAUUCCAUGUGUAUUUUGUUGCCUUGAUGUACUAUACUUGUUGCAUGUAUAUUAAAAGUUUUGUACCACA